AUGCCAGGGUCACCACACCCACAUGCCCGCCGAGGAAGGCAGGGUUCACCACAUCCAGUCGCCAUACAAACACAACAGCAAAGCACGGAAUCAACUUCAGCCUCAAGCCAGGCUGCGUCGCCAUCGGUCGGUCCGCCAGGCUCAGUUGACGAUAUCCCAGAACUCAUCUCGAUCGCCCCUGCAAUCUUUGUCCCUGCGACCUUUGACCUCACCAAGCCUCAGGCACCUUUGCCUGCCGACAGCUCGGGCCGCACAGCACAGCAAAUGGCGGAGCUGGACGCACACACAGCCGCUGUCAAAUCGAACAUUGCGUGGAUGAUCGAGCGGGAGGCCAAGAAGAUCCACCAGGACGCCGUGAAGCAGGAGCUCAGCAUCCAGGCGGCCGGACUGCCGCCAGCCCGUUCCAAGCGGCUGCCACCGACCAAGGCGGACGAGGACGAGCUCAUCCGCAACCUGGAGGCGCCGAUCGUGCCGGGCGCGGCGUACGGCGUCCCACUUGGCGUGUUGGCUGAUCAGAUCCCGCCGCUGCUGCCGGACCCGCGCGACACCCCCCGCGAGGCCUUCACCACCCGCAUGCUGGGCCUUGUAAGAUAUGGCAUGCAGCAGAUGGACGGCUAUGAGGCACACGCGAACGGAGUCAAACAGCAGAAGCGCGAGGAGAUCGCGCGCCAGAUAGCUGGGGAGCUGGCACGGGGCCAGAGUCAGGCGGGCACUGCCUCUGGAUUUCAGGCGCCAGGCAACGGAGAGAAGGAUCAAGGGACUCCAAUGGAUGUAGACUGA